AAUUGUCAUAUUUCUUCUAGCCAAGUUCUGAAAGUUAGACCAACAAAACCGCAUCUGAGGUCUGUUGUUAUCGAAUCUCAUAAUCGACGGCUGGAGAUUCCAACCGGUUCCAAAGCUUUUCAAAAUUCGAGUGAAGAGAUUCGUCGGUGGCAAUGAUUUUGCGCUUUUGUUUCUCGAUUUAGUUCAGUACCUGAGAAUUUCUCUCAUUUCCUCUGCGAUUGGAUUUUAGGGUUUUAGGUCUGUACUGCAUCAUGGAUGAAGACCAGGAGAUGGAGAGGUUCGACAUGGAUAAUGACUACGAAGGUGGUCGUUACAUUGGUGACGAGUACUUCUACGAAAGGCGGAAGGAUAAGCGGAGACAGACGAAAGAGGAUGCUAUCUAUGGAUGCUUCGCUGAGUAUGAUUCGGACUCGGAUGACUCCGGCGGUGGUCGGAGGAAGAAGCGGAAAGACCGGGAUCCAGGGAGGAAGGCAGAUUUGACCAAGCCUGUCAAUUUUGUGUCUACAGGUACGGUCAUGCCAAAUCAGGAGAUUGAUAAGGACUCUAGAGAAGAGGAUGGUGAGAAAGAGGGUAGGAGGAGUGACGAUGACGUUGACUCGCUAGAUGGGGAUGGUAAUUUUAGGGGUGGUUUGGGUAGUGGAAGUUCCCGGUCUGGUUUAGGUUCAGGGUUUGUCCGGUUUGAUGUAAAUUCGUUUGUUAAGAGAGAUGGGGGAAAGGUAGCUAAAGAUGCUGAUGAUGGAGAUGUUGAGGAUGGGGAGAAUCUCUUACCCGGUUCAUUUGGGAGGAAGAUAACAGAGAGGGCAAAGUUGAGGGAGAAGGCUAAGACAGAGGACAAAAAUAGAAAUAGUGGGAGAGGAGGAAAGAAGGAUGCUCCGAAUGGUGAGGUUGGGCAAUUCGAGAAGUUCACCAAAGGGUUUGGCAUGAAAAUGCUUGAGAAAAUGGGGUACAAAGGAGGUGGGCUUGGAAAGAACGAGCAAGGUAUUGUUGCUCCCAUCCAAGCACAGUUGAGGCCGAAAAAAAUGGGUAUGGGUUACAAUGAUUUCAAAGAGACUGGUGCAAAGUUGCCUGGUACGAAGCAGGUUGAGGAGAAGAAGACUGUAACAAUUGGUAUCAGCGAAAAUGAGCAGAUACAUGGCGAGAGAGGGAAAAAGCUGUGGAAGAAAAAGAAGGUGAGGAAAGAGGAUAAUUUUCUUACUGCUGAGGAGUUUUUGGAGAAGAAGGAAGAAGAGGGAUUUGGUGGUGGGCAGGCCAUUAUUGACAUGCGAGGACCACAAGCCCGAGUUGUGAUUAACUUGGAAAAUUUAAAUGCAGAAGAGAAAGCCAGAGAAGCAGAUGUUCCAAUGCCCGAGUUACAACAUAACUUGCGCUUAAUUGUCGACUUAGUCGAGCAUGAAAUUCAAAAGAUUGAUAGAGAUUUGAGGAAUGAAAAGGAGUCAGCUUUAAGCUUGCAGAAAGAGAAGGAGAGACUUGAGAUGGAAGAGAAAAGACAGAAGAAACAGUUAGACAACAUGGAAUAUAUUGCAGAUGAGAUUACCCGAAUUGAGGCAGAGAAUACAUCAGGAAAUCUGACUUUGGAUGCACUUGUGAAUCGUUUCAAUGAUCUCCACAUGAGCUAUCCCGAUGAUUAUAAGAUAUGCAACUUAUCAUGUAUCGCUUGCUCAUUAGCCUUGCCUCUCUUUAUUAGGGUAUUUCAGGGUUGGGAUCCUCUGAAAGAUCCCAAGCAUGGUAUGGAAGCUAUAUCCUCUUGGAAAAAUCUGCUGGAAGUCGAGGAAGACCAAAAUAUUUGGGUUACCUCAACACCUUAUAGCCAACUGGUCUCAGAGGUGGUGUUGCCCGCUGUCCGGAUAGCAGGAAUCAAUAGUUGGGAGCCGAGAGACCCUGAACCGAUGCUGAGAUUCUUAGAGUUGUGGGAAAAAUUGUUGCCAUCACCUGUCCUCCAGACGAUAUCAGACACAGUAGUGAUGCCAAAAUUGUCAAUUGCCAUCGAUUAUUGGGAUCCACGAAGAGAGACUGUUCCGAUCCAUGUUUGGGUUCAUCCCUGGCUGCCAAUGUUGGGUCAAAAAAUGGAGGGUAUGUAUCAGACAAUCCGGAUGAAGCUGAGCAAUGUCCUCGAUGCUUGGCAUCCGAGUGAUGCAUCAGCAUAUGCUAUUCUUUCGCCAUGGAAAACGGUAUUCGAUCCUGUGAGCUGGGAGCAACUUAUGUGCCGGUACAUAGUUCCCAAACUACAGCUAGCUUUGCAAGAGUUUCAAAUAAACCCCGCGGACCAGAAACUGGAUCAGUUCAAUUGGGUUAAGACAUGGGCAUCUGCAAUUCCAAUGCAUCUCAUGGUCGAUCUGAUGGAGAGAAUCUUCUUUCCCAAGUGGCUCCAGGUCUUGUACCACUGGUUGUGUUCAAACCCGAACUUUGAGGAGAUCAACGAUUGGUACUUGGGUUGGAAGGGAACAUUCCCUCAAGAGCUUCUGGCAAAUGAAAGCAUCAGAAGUCAAUUCACACGAGGUCUCAGCAUGAUGUCACAAGCAGUAGAAGGGGUCGAAGUGGCUCAGCCCGGUGCAAGAGAGAACAUAAGUUACCUCAGGGCUCAAGAGCAAAGACAGUUCGAGGCUCAGCAAAGGGCGGCAGCUCGGGCACAGGCACAGGCACAAGCUCAGAUGGAUGGAACAGGCGAGAUGAGUUUGAAAGAAGUAUUGGAAUCGUUUGCACAGGAGAACGAGUUAUCGUUCAUACCAAAACCGGGUAGGAAGCAUAACGGUUUACAGAUUUACGGGUUUGGAAACGUAAGUAUCGUGAUAGACUCGAUGAAGCAGAAGGUGUUUGCACAAAAACCCGAAGGUUGGUUCAUUGUAACUCUUGAAGAUUUGUUGAGGAUGCAUCACAAUUCUGUCCGUGGGAGGCGAUGAAGUUGAUCCUUGAAUCUCCUCGGUGAUCCAUUCCGGCAUUGCUUUUGGUUGUUAGUCACACCAGAUGAUUUUGUGCGUCUGAGUACCUUCUUUUGGAGUAAUCUUUGUUCCACCGACAUAUAUCCACAAAGAAGUAGAUGUAAUGCAAUUCAAACUUUCAAAGUAUAUUCAUUAUUGUACGUUUUGUUGUUCA